UCUCUCUCUCUAUGUCUCUCUCUCUCUCUCUCUUUCUGUUUAAGAGGCGUGACCACCGUGAAACAGAGGAAGAGAGCUGCUCGGCCGCAAAAGAUAUUCAGUCCCACGCGGAAAUUAAUUGCGGUGCGGGAUUUGCUGAAGACCAGAGAAGUGCGUCCUCAGUUCCGAGAUCACCAUGGCGACGAUGGUCAUGGAGCAGAUAGGCCGGCUCUUCAUCCCUCUGCAGCAGGUGAGGCUCGUUCCCCAGACGUUCGCCGAGACGCUGCGGUCCACGGCCCACACCCUGCGCGACACAGAGGUUCCCGGCUUCUUCCGCGAGCGCCACAUUCACUCCGGCUACCGGCCGCUCCACCAGAACUGGCGCUACUACUCCCUGUCUCUCUUACAGCGCCACAACGAGACCAUCAACGUCUGGACGCACCUGAUCGGCGCUCUAGCUGUCCUCGCGAAAGCGGCUCGCUUCACCGAAACGGUCGAUUUCGCCAACGACCCUCAUUCCUGGCCGCUUCUGAUCCUGCUCUUGUCGUCGGCGAGCUACUUGACCUUCAGCACCGUGGCCCAUCUGUUUGGGUCGAAAUCUGAGCUCUCCCAUUACGGCUUCUUCUACCUGGAUUACGUAGGAGUGGCUCUGUAUCAGUAUGGCAGCGCGGCGGCCCACUACUAUUACGCCAUUGAGGAAAGCUGGCACGCGCGGGUACGAGGUCUCUUCAUGCCGGUUGCUAGCUUCUUGUGUUGCCUGUCUUGCUUCGGCUGCUGUUACGGGAAAUAUCGCAAUUACAGCCUUCCUUCCUGGGUCCGUAAAGUAGGCCAAGUGGUGCCUUCGGCCGUCGCUUACGGUUGGGACACCAGUCCCGUGUUUCACCGUUUUGCCGUCUGGUUUGAGUCCCGGACGAGGGGCGACUUCAGAAGCAGCCCUGCCCUGCUCUUUCACUUCGGCCAAGUGGCAUUCUUUCUCUCUAGCGCUUUUUUCUUUACUCAGCCCGUCCCGGAGAGCUGGUUUCCAGGUCACUGCGACUUCUUAGGUCAGGGCCAUCAGGUGUUCCACGUGCUGAUGGUUUUGUGCACGUUGUGCCAGAUCCAGGCUUCAUAUAUGGACUACCUCAGCCGCAGGGAGCUCUACGUGAAGCUCCACGCCGACGGAGAGGCGUCGUUCUUUGUCGCGCUCUUUAUUUUAACACUCGUCACCUCUAGUCUCAUAGCACUGUACAUGCUUGAGAAAGUCAAGAGAUUAGUUCGUUACAAGGAAAAGCUAAGUAAAGAAUAGAACAACUGGGCUUGCACCUUAACCCGUUUAAUCACAAAUUGUUCAAAAUAUACAAAUUAUUAGUGAAUUUUUUUUUUUUUUUUUAAAAGUGUGUCAAAUUGUUUUAUGGUCGGUCACAAUUGAGUUCGGUGGUAUUGUGUGCACUUUUUUUUGUGAUUUAUUAUGCAUUAAAAAAAAUGUCAAAUUGUUAUAUAAUGCUACCAACAUUAAUAUUGCAAGAAUUUUGGUAACAUUAGAAUUCUUGAUUCAGUGCAGUAUAUUGCCUUUGCAGCAUUUUAGUGUGAUUUUCACUGUGAUUUAUGUUACUAUUAUAUUAUAAUCGCACUGGUAACUAUAGUGACCAUCAAGAUCUUCACUCGUUCUUUGACCGCACACCAACAAGGCUGAAUGUGUUCAUAUAUUAACACCAGGCGCCUUAAAGAUAACGUAAGAUUUUAGUUCUACAUCUCUGUAAAGCUACUUUAGCAGCCUUGGUUUUGGAGCUUUGAUGCAGUCCUCAUCCUCCCGAGCUGCGCACAGGAUAUAAGUCGCUCUGGUCUCGUGACCAUUUGCACUAAUCAAACUUGUUAUCGAGGCCCUUUAUUUUUGCAGGAAGUGCACUAAACCAUCAGGUCUUUAUCGAUGAAAGCCUUGACCAGUGGGAUUAAAAGGGUUAAUGCUGCAUCUGGACACGAGGAGCGUUACAGUUCUGGGCAUUUUGUGAUGAAAAAGAGUAUUCAAGCCCAUGUAGCCGUUAUCUAACAGUAAUUCUGCAGGAUUCUGGUGCCCUUGUUGAUCUUGAAACAACAUCCCUAUCAACGAAUUCGAUUUUACAGUGUUAGAUUAGGGAUCAGGCUAUGUAUGUUUGUUUUACAUGUGCUGUUCAAGGACUGAACUUUGAGCUAAUGCUUAAUGCAUUUAACUGAGCAUUUAUGUGAGCAUACUUGAACGUGUGAGGUCUUUUUUGUUAAAGUGAUAAUUCACCCAAAAUGUACAUUGCGUCAUCAUUUAGUCAGCCCCGAAUGACUUACUUCUGAAGAAGAAGAAGGUUUAAAGGAUGUUGGUAUUUGGCUUCUUUUUUUUUCUCAGAAGAAAGUAAGUCACACAGGUUUGAGAUGAGAUGAGACGGGGUGAAGUAUCCCUUUAAUAUUGGUCUUGGGAUGUGCUUCUGUUACACAACCAGCUAUGAAGCCACAAUGCAGUAUUUGAAAAAUAUAUGAAUGUUUUUUUUUUUUUUUCUUUUCUGAUGUAAAUUCUUAAUUGCAGGUUGUGUUAUGAACGCUGUCUUUUUUUAAAUGACAGAACACAGUGUUAUUUUGUGGUGGCGUGAAAAUAAUCUGAAUUUCUCAGUGAUUUGUUAUUUUUUUUAAUUACCUAUAAAGAGGGACAGUAUUAGAAAAUGCAAUCACGAUCACCGCUGUGCCUUAAUAAGCAUUUUAGAUUCACACAUCAUGUGUGACUGAUAACAGACAGUAACGCUGUAUUAUGAAGCUUACUUUUGAAUGGAAAGUACUGAAUUGUUUUGCAUUAUUGCACAAACCAGUGCCUAUUACAGUAUAAACCAGGGUCAUUUAUCUGGAUAUUAAAGGGAAAGGCGAAGCAGGCGCGCUUUUAUACUUUCACUAGGUCAACAUUUACAGUUGUUCUCUUUUUCUAAGUAUUCUCCUUUCUAGUCUUGCUACUACCACCUUUUAUGUGAAAGGGUCUGUUUCUGUUAGAAUAGUUAAUUAAAGCACUAAAUAACGUUCCACACUGUACAACCUACUAGUAUUUAAAAUAUUCAUCGAAAUGUAAUGAUCAAAAAUAAAUAUUUUAAAUCAA